AUGUUGGCCAGAAGAACUUUGCAAUCAUCUGUUAGAAUGUUCUCUACUUCGAGAAUUGCCAUGACUGAAGGUGCCAUUUCUCAAGGGAAGGAUUCAUUUGCUGAGAAGGAAAGAACCCAAGAAAACCUUUACAUUAGAAAGCAUGAAGCUGAACAAUUGAAGGCUUUAAAGAAGCAAUUGGAUGAACAAAAGAAGUUGGUCGAUGACUUGAAGAUACACUUGGAGACUGACUCGGUUACACCACCUUCGGUACCGCUUAUUGAUGAAGCCACAAGUCCUAAUAAUGAGAUGUUUUAUGAUGCUCAAGAUGGUAUAAGUGAAAAUGAGCCAUCUCCAGAAUAUAAAGUAACACUUGAUUGUCAUAAAGAUGUGUUACUGUUUGAUCCUCGAAUUCUACCCAUGCUUCGAGUCAAUAAACAACUUUUAGAUAGUUGUGUACCCGAAACCUUAUCUUUGGUGAUAACUCAACUCAUUGUGAAUCUUCCUCAGGACAUUGAUCCACUUAAACUUCCUCAAUUACAAGAUAAGGAUUACUUCAAACAUAUUCCUGAUCUUCUAGUUCGUCAACAACUAUUAGAGACCGAGCUUACAAGACUGUCACCAAGAAGUAUUGAUCGAUCCUUUAGACUUUUUGAUGAUGUUCUCUUGGAUCUUGCUUAUGCGCUCAUGUUGUCAUUAAAGGAGUUGGUAGCAGAACAAAGGACAUACAAUGGGUUUAGAUAUAAACAACCACAGGUUAGCUAA